AGUUGCUGAAUAUGUCUACGGUUUGUUGUUUAUUUCUGUUUUAUACUUUAUUUAUAUUUUUUAGAUCUAAUCUCUCUCGGCAAUUGUUCGCUUGAACGCUAUCUGUAUUUCCAAGUUUACCCUGCACUUUUAAGAUAAAUAUAAGUUUACUCGAUGUUGAUCGGCCGUUAUCCAUGAAAAGUGAAAUUAUCCGAUCCCGAAAAAAAAAACCCCUUAACAAUGGUGAAUUAAUUUGUCAGGCUCAGCAUAUAAUUUUUAUUUUCGUGUCAGCUGACAGUUACAGCCUCGCUGUUGCAUCAAAGUCUGGAUAUUUUCUACCUCACGAACAGUUUCAGCCUGUAUUAUCGGGGGCUGUAGGUAAUGUGAUACGAAAAUUUAACGGGAGUUUCCUUGCGGAACUGCAAUUUUUAUGUUCUUGUUAGGAACAAUUUUUCUUAGUUCGAGACAAGCAAAAUUUCUGCUGGAUACUCAGAAUUUGAGCUGACAUUUGAUUUGCUUGUGAUGAUUUUCAUUUGAUUGAAGGGAGUUAAUUUUGGCAGUGUUUUGUGAGACUUUUUCAACUAAUACUUAUUUUUGGCCAUCUAGGACUGUCCUCAAAAUUUGUCAAAUCUCAAUUAAAAAUAAUCUCUGUGUCAAAUUUUUGCUGUUACCACCUGUCAACUGCUAAUUCUGUUGUUUGUCCUCCGACCUUCGUUGGUUGGUCACUUCCAACCCAAUAACAUUUUUCUUAUAGAGAUUUGAGGCCUCAAGGCGCUGUACUUACAGUUAACCAGAAAGUGUCAGUACUGACAAUUUUUUUCAGUUUGUCAACAAUACUUGCAAUUAUCUAGUUAUUAUAAAAAAUAUCUAGACUACAAUAUCUAGAUGUCCCCCAGAUUUUAUAACUCCAUCCCAAGGGUCACCACCUUAUCGCGGUGGGAUGGUUUGUGUGUCUCAGUGACCCCUAGAGCUAUGUCGGCUGGAGUCUUGAACUCCUGGUAGGGUCACCCAUGCCGAACAGGUCGAAGGGCAGAGACCAGACAAAGUGUGAUCCCCUGGUGCUCCAGGUUGGGGGUAGGCUGGCACUGACAACCCACCCCCGUAAAAAUAAGACUAUGGAUUCUCUAAUGACAUGGCAGUGCAAGGGGGACCUCUCAGUAACAGGUUGACAAAGUAGGGCAACACUGGGAAGGAAUUUACAAAGCUGACAGAGGUUGAGGAUGCAAGGGGACUGUUAGAGUUCUAGCAGUAAUGUAUGUCAAAAUGAAUGGAAGGGAAUGCUAAAGCCUUAUGUCCUUUAUUGUGCAUAGCCAUGUACAAUAGGAUAGGAUAUUUAUUAAUGUAUUUUACUCCUAGAAUUGAAAGUUAUUCUUGUAAGAUGGCUGGUAGUGACAAAAAACUAUACAAAAGCCUGAAUGAAGGAUGUACCCCACAUGAACUUCAGGCCCUGUCACCGCCACAAACUACACAAUCAGCAAGCAUAUCACCUACCAACAGCAAUUACCCUGCAAUCCUAACUAGUACGCAACAGAGAAGACUGAGCACAGGAAGUCAAGAGGAAGCUGUGCUCUGUGACACAAUUAGUCGCAAGAUGUUGUUCUAUUUGAUUUCCACCUUGAAUGCUUCUUUUAACCCAGAUUACGAUUUCAGUAAUGUAAAGUCUGAAGAGUUCUCACGUGAACCAAACCUUCAGUUAGUUAUUGAUGCAAUCAAUGGAAAUUUGUCUGCUAUUAGUAGCGAGACAUAUGUUGCUCUCAGGGCAGGAUUGUGGGCCGCAAUUGAUGAAGAGAUUAAUCUGAUGGAAUGCGACAUUUUCAGUUACAAUCCAGAUCUUGACUCAGACCCUUAUGGUGAAGAAGGAAGCCUGUGGUCUUUCAACUAUUUCUUCUACAACAAGAAAAUGAAGAGAAUAUUGUUCUUUACAUGUAGAGCAACAAGGUCCAUUGCUCAAUAUCAGUCUGAUGAAGAUGAACAAUUUGAAAUGGAACCAAUGGACACAGCAUUUGAGGAGUCUUCCUAUAGCCGGAAUUCUCCAAUUCUCAUUUCCUAAGUGACACCAGCUCAGUGUCAAGGAUGAUUUUUUUUGGUUACUGACUGUCAAGAUUUCUUUUUCUCGGUAUCAUACAGAGGAAGAGAAAUGUGUUAAUUUUUAUUGCUGAUAAUCAAGAUAUGAUCUUAAACAUUUCUAGAAAAGACCAUAUUAUGUAAAUAUGCAUGAAUACUAAUGUUCGCUAUUUUACUAACAGACACUUGUAAUAUAACCAUGGUACUUUAUCAUACACACAUUUUGUACAGAAACAUAAUUAAGUUAGCUUUUUUUUUAACAAGCUAAUUUUUAAGGGUAAGAUUCAUACAUGUAUUCGUUCAGUCAUUGGAAAAGAGGGUAGUAACUGAUUUAUGGGAGUGGAAGUUUUAGGAAAUAGUGGUGAUUAUUGUAUUUGUAAGGUGGUUUUUUCCUUCAGCAUCACAAUUAGCCAAAGUCAAAUGUGUAGAGUUGCAAACAACCUCUCAGCCAAGAUGGCAAUGAUUAGUCUAAUUUUUUGGCCACAACCCGCUUCUUACAAACAGAUUAAUAGGAAUCCAAAUGGUAUGGUCUGCAAUAUUAUGCAGUAUGAAAAAGUUUCCCUUCAAGCCUUUUUUCAUUCUACAAACCAUACAAAAAGUGAAACCAGGUGUCCAAUAUUCCAGGCUAGCCCAGCAAUUUUGGAGGCACACUAAUUCUGUUUAACUUAAAGUCACUCAUGGAAAAUAAUGGAGUUCACAUGUCUUGAUAUGUUGAUGUGUUAAUGUUAGAUGUUGUUAGCAAAGGAGUGUGCUUUGAGCAGAUAGUAUGUUAACCUGUAAUAGGUCCAUUUGACUUCUGAUCGGGUUAUUUAUGACAACAUGGUCGCCUUGUACAGUUUUUAGUUUCUCCAUAUGGAUGCUGAAAUAAGUAUUGAUAACAAGUUGUCAUUCUUAUGAAGUACAUUGUGUUGCUUAGCAAGUUUAGGCAAUUUUCAGUUCUUAUAAUGUAGACUUAGGGUACAAAUGUUGAGGUAAGAAAGGUAUAUCAAGGAAGCAUAUGUGAUGUGCCAUAACCAUCAGCCUGGUACUGUUUCAAGGUUUUUCUAAGUUAGUGCAGAAAGAUUUGCCAUAAGGUGUUAAUUAUGUCAAUUAAUAUGCUUAAAUCUUUUUGCCAAUGUUGUGAAUUUUAAUGUGUUGGCGUGAUUGUUUAGAAAAUCAUGCUUGUGUCUCAACACUUUCACUCCAAGACCAAGCAGUAAAUAUCAAUUCACUGCACUGUCUGCUUUACAUUUACAACAGAUUUAUCUAGGAGAAUUUUCACCAGUUGAUAUUCUUCUUCUUUUUUAUUAUUUCUCAUUAUUAUAGGGCUGUGUCUCAUAAAGACUGGGAACUACUGAAUUCACGAAUUUGAUUGGCUGAAAUCAA